UUUGGAGGGGGUUAACUCUUUAGAGGGCAAAGCAAGGAGUGGGAUCGACCACUGAAUACUGGGGGAGGAUAAUCCGGUGUGUGACAGCAUAGGGGCAGCAGUGAUGGGAGAAGCCCUCGAUGGUGACAUUACUUCUAACAGUGCCUGAAUGAGCAGGGGUCAGAGCUGCACUUGCUGCAGCAGGGGGCUGCUGAAGGGUAGUGAUGGCUCUGACCCCAGUGGUCCUGUGGCUGCAGGUGAUAAAGAUGGCAGCCACUCAAAAAUACCUCCUGGUUUUCGACUUUGAUGAGACAAUUGUCAAUGAGAACAGUGAUGAUUCAGUGAUUCAGGUGGCACCAGACCAGGAGCUUCCUGAUUGGUUACGGGAAACCUUCCAAGAUGGCUAUUACAACCAGUACAUGCAGAGGGUAUUUCAGUACCUUGGAGAUAAAGGCGUCAGAUUGAUUGACCUCAAAGCUGUGUAUGAAAAAAUCCCACUCUCACCUGGAAUGCCUACUCUCUUUCGGUUCUUGGCCAAGAACCAAGAUCGGUUUGAGAUCAUACUCAUGUCUGAUGCUAAUAUGUUUGGCAUUGAAAGCAAUUUGAAAAGCUAUGGUUAUGAGUCCCUUUUCCGCAGGAUAAUCAGCAACCCUACUAAUGUUGAGAAGAGUGGAUACUUGACUCUAAGUCCGUAUCAUACACACAGCUGCUCGCAGUGCCCAGCAAACAUGUGCAAGAGGAAGAUUCUGGCAGAGUACCUCAAUGAACGAUCACAAGAAGGAGUGAAGUUUGAAAAUCUGUUGUAUGUUGGAGAUGGAUCCAAUGAUUUCUGCCCAUCUGUUGUAUUUACUUCGACAGAUGUUGCUUUCCCUCGAAAAAAUUACCCCAUGCAUAAACUGAUCAGAAAGAUGGAAGAGAAACAGAAGGGAGCCUUCAAAGCUAGAGUCGUCCCUUGGGAUUCUGCUGAAAUGGUUGCACAGUAUCUUCAGGCACUUCUCAACAAGUCCUAGGAAUAGAGAAGAAUAUGAAUUUUUUUAUAUUAGAAUAAUGACUGUGAGUCCCAUGAAUGUGGCUCAGUGUUUACGAUCAAUCCUACUAUGCAGUUAUUUUAACUUCCAACCUCUUCUCUUUGGGGUUGCAAGGUUAUUCUUCACAUGCCAAUGUUCAAAUAUGCUAAUAUUUCCUGUCAGUGGGGUAUGAUGUACUGUUCUGUCCCACACUUUACCCAUAUACUUAAGUAUUGCAUAUGAAUUUGUCUUGACUGAAGAACAAAAGUUAGUUAUCGUUUAACUUAACAUGCUCACAUGUAUUGCUAAAGCAUGAAGAUGCAGCUUCUGAAUACCUCACAAACGUCUAGAACAAAAGCCUUUACAAGUCAUACAAAGAAAGAAAAUAUUGUAGCUCCUGCAGUGUGUUCCAGGCUGUAGCUAAAUAUCAAGAGUAGGGUUGUGAAUUAUAAAAAGAAAAGAAGACUAACAGCUGGGAUUUCAAGUAUCAUACAGGGUGAACUACGGAAAAUGGCCAGAACACUAUUCACAGUCAAUAAGUAAAAUCUAAUUGUGGUGCACAAUGUCUCUCCUCCAAACAGGAGCUGAUUAACCAACACGUUUUAUAAUACGCAGUGAGUUUUAAUACUUGUUGCGUAUGAUAAAUGGUGCUCCAGCCAGUCGGCUCCCAACGGUCAUUUUUAAACACAUGACAGGAGCUGAUUGGCUGAAGCACCCGUUAUCAUACGCAACAAGUUUUAAAACUCUUGCUUUUAAUAAGAUCAUUGAUCAAUCAGCCCUACAGUUUACUUCCAGUAGUUCCAUAGGUUUGUGUACCCAACAUCUUCAGCAACAGUACAGAAUGGAAAGACAGUGGUUGGGGGAGGGGGUCUGCCACUGGAGUAGAUCUCACUGAUUAAAGCAUUUCAUAGAUUUCAUAGUCACCAUAACAUCUUCCUAUAUAUAUAUAUAUAUAUAUAUAUAUAUAUAUAUAUAUAUAUAUAUAUAUAUAUAAAAUCUUGAUAUUAAGCCGGGGCUAUUUUAUCUCAUUCGGCAGUGAACAUUAUAUAUUCACAUUUUAUGUUAAUAUAUGUACAAUGUUGGACUGGAUCUUUUCUUUCACAUUCACAAUAACACUUUUGUUACGUCAUCUCAGCGCAAAAAUGGUUAACAGGUACAAGAACAACAAAUGUAAUCACGGACUGAUGGUAUAAGUGCUUCCAGUGGAUUAAAAAUAUAAAUAGUGUAAAAAGUAUGAGUACAAUCACGUACAUAAAGAAAAAUAUAUACUAGCAGCAUGGUGGUACAGUGGUUGCUGUGUCACAAUACUGGGUAUAUGAAUUCCAUUCCAAGCAGGUCACUAUAUGUGGAGUAUGAAUGUUCUCCUGGACAGGGGCGGAACUCCCGGAGACAGCGGAGUCCGUUGCCACCGGGCUCCUUGCCCUGAACGGGGCACGGCACUUGCUCCGUUGUCCCCCGUUCUGUCCACACAUGAUUCAUUUCUGUAGUGUAGUGCAGCAGGCGCUGCUAGAGGAGCUGAGCGAGCGCAGCGCCUAUCAGCAUCAGCGGCGCUCACUCCUCGUCUCUGUGUUCUCUGCUGCUGUGCUCUGGUCUGGGUCGCGGGUGUCACGUGACAUCCUUCCGCGACUCAGCCGCUGCCCGCCAGGACACAUACUGUAGCAGCAGCCGCCAGGAGACAGUGCGCAGUGGGGAAAAGCGAGGCUGUUCCAGUCAGGAGCGUGGACUCCUGAAAACUGUACCCGAUGUAAGUGCAAGCCAUUUGGGAGAGGGGGAACAUGUGAGGGAGAUGACAGAACACCUGCUGCUGUCACCGCUCACAGGGUUGUUUAACUAAGCCUAAGCCUGACUCUGCCUCCCCUCUCUCCUGUCCUGUUCCCAUCCCUGCACCUCUGUGUUGGCCCUGUCUCCCCUCUCUCCUGUCCCUCUCACCCCUGUCCUUUCCCUGCACCUAUGUACUUGCCCUGCCUACCCUCUCUCCUGUCACCCUUGUCCUGUACCUGUCACCUCUGUGCUGGCCCUGCCUCCCCUCUCUCCUGUCACCCCUGUCCUGUCCUUGUCACCUCUUACCGGCCCUGUCAUCUCUCUCAGCAGACACUUCUGUUCUGACCCUGUCCCCUCGGUCCAGUCCCUGUCAUCCAUGUCCUGACCCUGUCACACCUGUGCUGGCCCUGUCACCCUUCUUUCCUACCCCUGUACUGUCCCGUCCCUGCCACCUCUGUGCUGGCCCUGUCUCCCCUCUUUCCUGUUACUGUCACCUCUGUGCUGCUGGCCUUGUCAUCUCUCUCAGCUGACACUUCUGUUCUGACCCUGUCCCCUCUGUCCAGUCCCUGUCACAUCUGUGCUGGCCCUGUCACUCCUCUUUCCUACCCCUGUACUGUCCCAACCCUGCCACCUCUGUCACUGUCACCCCUGUCUCCUCUGUGCUGCUGGUCUUAUCAUCUCUCUCUGCUGACCCUUCAGUUCUGUGCCCUCUGUUCAGUCCCUGCCAUCCCUGUCCUGACCCUGCUAACCGUCUCUCCUAUCCCUUCAGUUCUGUCCUGGUUCUGCCCAUGUCACCUCUUUCCUGUCCUGUCCUGUCCCCUUCCCCUCUGUCCUGGUCCUAUCACCUCUCUCUUGUACCUGUCACCUCUAUCUUGGUCCUGUCAGUUUUGUUCUUCCCCACUGGACUGUACCUGUCUUCGCGGAAUUGGCCCUGUCACCUCUGUCCUGUCCCUGACACCCUUCUCUCCUGUCCCCUCUAUUCUGUCAUGGCCCUGUCAUCCCUGUACUCUCCCUGUCCCCUCUGUCGUGGUCCUGUCACCCAUCUUUCCUGGCCCUCUGUUUCGUCCUGGCCCUGUCACCUCUGUUCUGUGCCUGUCCCCUCUAUCUUAGUCUGUGCUGGCCCCACUGGUCUUUCCCUUUCAUCUGAGUACUGUCCCUGAUACCUCUGUCCUGGCACUUUUUUCGAGGGUUGGGGGCACCAAACUCUAACUUGCCUCCGGGCGACGGGGAUGAACUUACGCCACUGCUCCUGGAGGUUCCAUUUGUUUAAUCAGAGUUCUCCGGUUUCCUUCAAAAGUCUGAACCAUUCACUGGUAGGUGUGUAUAUAAGAGAUAGUAGAUUCUAAGGGGUAAGUCCAAUUAGGUGCGACAUGAAACUUACAGACUCCGCACGAAUGCGUGCGCCUGGGAAUUCUCCAACACAAUUAAAAAGGCCUAUUUGCGGUACCCGCAGCAGUGGUUUGCAAAUUGUCUGCCAAAUGCGAUGUGAGAGAAGUGCAUAAAAAGCGGGGUGAUCUUCCUAGACUCCAAAAAAGUGACAAUUUCGUUAGCAGAAUCUUACAGAAAGCUGUUAAUGUGCAUAAGGAAAGUACUAAAGGUUUUUAAAGGCGUAAAUUCCUGAUUUGUGCAUUUAAAAAAAUUUUUUUAUAAAAGGCAAACUUUUUUGGCUUACUUUCAAAUGAAAGAAAAAAGUAGGAAUAAAUAUGCUUUUGGGGUACUUUGAUGUGAAAAUAUAUAAAGAAAAAGAUAACUAAUUUAUUUUUCAAUAAAAUAAAUGCUAUAAAUUUGGAAUUCAUAAAACAAUAAAAAAAGGAGAUUAUGGGUAAUUUGAGGCCAUUUUUUAAACCCCCAAAAAUGUCAUUAAUAGCUUAAUUAAGCUAAUUGGAAUCUCCCAAUUCCUAUAUGGUCAAGGUGUUCUGCAUGGUGUCCCGACAAUUUAACCUUGAAAUAAGGAUUUUUUCCUACCAUCUUUCACCCUCAGUGAGGUGUGAACAGAAAAAUGCGAGUUUACUCUGACUGGUUCAAUGCGAGUUUCUAUUUGGAUUGCAAUGUGAAUUUGCAAUGCGAUAUUGCAGAGAAAAUAGAAACUCUCACCUAAUUGGAUUGACCCCUAAGAAGCACUGGGGUAGGGACUGAAUAAUAUGUUUGGGCUAAAGAAAUAAAGGCAAAUAUUAUAAUAAUACAUUUAUCAAAUAAGGGGUAAGGAAGACACGAUGCUGACUAUGUGAUCUGUUAUAUGCUUCAAUUAAGCGUCAUUUUUGUACUUACAUUAACAAUAGGGAUUAAUGGGGGAAUUCAAUUAGACCUGAUAAAUUUUCACAAGACUAAAAUGGGACUUUCCUGCAAUAUUUUUUGGGGUCAAUUUAAUGAUACUAUUUUUACAAUGUGAUGAAGCCUAUUUUCACAGGAUGCGGCAUAAGGUCCCAGAUCCUUUUCCGCAAUUAUGGCCAUGCAAAUGGGAAAGUUAUCAGGAAUUUAUUUUUAAUCUCCUGCCUCCGGGAAGGUGAAAAUAAAAUCCCUGAUACUGCUAGCUAUCAGGGCUAAUUCAAUAGCCCCAGGGGGAUCAAUUAGUGGCCGUAAUUUAUUGCGGCUAAUUGUAUUUCCCCCCUUAAGCUUAUUCUACUCCAUUAGUACUACAACUAGAUUUAGUGCUACUCUUUCUAUUCAGUUUCUGUGAGAAGUUAUUUUUGAAGUCAACUUAAUUCAAAUUAAAUAAUUAACUUACAGUAUGUUCUACAGAAUCUUGCAGAUGUCUGUUUGCAAAGCUCUGCUAUCUUAAUAAAUAGUAGGAAUCAGAUGUUAAGUAUAUUUAAAUAAUAAUAAAUCUUACAGUGUAUGGUGCAGAAUUAAUGGCUGUAAUGCGCAUCAUGGCUAAAAUUACAUAGAAGGUUAAUUACUACAUGCAUUAGUGCAGUUGUAUGUAACAAACAAUCUGCACCAAUCAAAGCUUGUGUCUGAUUAGUUGCUAGGAGUUACUGCAUAUUUCCAAUUUUAUGCUAUUUGGAAAAGAAUGCCCAUAGAUUUUGUAAAAGAUGAGUACUAUAACGACAUGUAAGAAAACUAUCUGAAAAUAUGUGCAAGAGAAAAGAAUAUUAUAUUAUUAUAUAUUUAUAAAGAAUUUGCUCAGUUUUCACCAAAAAAUGAUAAAUGUACAGCCAUGACUCAUGUUAGAUUAGGGUUAUAUAGGCGUAUUUAGUGGCAAUUUGCGGCACCAUUUUGUACCUGUACUUCAGCAGUACCUCUAGUACAGCAGGAUCAAAGUGCUAAUUAGAAAUAAUCUAAUAUGGCAUAUUGCAAAAACAAGACUUAGGGUUUUUUUAAUGUACUUUUAAAUAAAACAAUGCAUUGAUUUGCACUUUAAUACAAUGCGUCAAAGGUCUGUGAACCCAUUUUCCUAGAUUGCAAAAUGAAAGCAAAUAGCUGUGCUAUGGGUUAAAGAGUUAUUGAAAGAAACUAUUUUGGUUAAAUCUUGUACAUUUAAAGAGGAUCAGUCACCUUUCAAGAUCUUUAAGUGACCUGCACCCAAAAAAAGAUACCCCCCCCCCCCCAAUAACACAGUCCCUUAUGGCUGGGAGAAUCUUAAAAGGAGGGUACACACGGAGAAAUCCGUGCUUAAAUUCUGAGCAAUCUGACUAAAGGUGCAUAUACACGGAGAGAUUUUGACUAUGAGAGAUUUUGACUGAGCGAUUUCCCUUGAACUGGCAGUAGGAGAUUUUGACUAACUUUUCCAGCGAUUUUGACUAACUUUUCCAGCGAUUUUGGCUAUGAGCGAUUUUGGCUAACUCAUUCAAGCAAGGGGAUGCUUUUUUUCCCCCAGCGACAUAGCCAAAAUUGACUUGCCUGCACAGUCUAUUUUUAGCAGCGAUAGCGACCUGGCGGGGACGCGCAUCGCUAUCGCUGGCUGUGUACACAUGGAGAGAUAUGCACUAACUUUCUGAGUGAUUUUGACUAUAUAGUCAAAAUCGCUCAGCUAUAUCGCCCCGUGUGUAUGCACCUUUAGUUAAGCAUGGAUCUCUCCGUGUGUAUGCCCCAUAGCGAUGUGCGGCCCCGUGCAUCGCUAUCGCUGGUGCUAGAUUGGCCUGCAUGCAGGCUCAAUCUAGCACAUCGCUCAUUUCACCGCUGGGUGAAAUGAGCGUCCUCCCCCGCCGCCCCUCCCCCCCCCUCAGCAAACACAUUGCGCUGUGCUGAGUGGGGGAGAGAUGUGUACUGAGCGGUCUGUGCUAGAUUGCUCAGCACACAACUGCCCCGUGUGUACGAGGCUUUACUGGUUUAGCUGAUUAGUAUGCUAAUCAGGUGAUUAAACAUGCUAAACAUCCCAACCACCAUGCCAGUCAUGGUCGCUGCUCCAUGGCAGUGUCCUAUACCAUUGAGACAUGCCGGUAUGAAGCACGGGUAUGGCAGAAGCAAUACAGAGAACUGCUCACCAUUCUAUUUGCAUAAUUAUCUAUAUCUAUCCUUUGUUUUGUGCUAAAGGCUUUGUAAUAAAUAGAAGCAAACCUGCCAUAAAUGUGAUAGUUCCUCUUUAACAUGUUAUGCACUAUUGAAAGUAUUUGUAUUUUACUGUAAUUAAUGCAUUGUUUAAUCUUCAUAUUAAUGUAUUACACUCCGUAUGGUUUAAAUACCUGGCUUUAAACACCAAUAGAUUGUGUAUUUAACAAAGUCCAUUCAGUUAUUACACAUUUACUGUA